AUGCGCGCUGUCGUGAUAUCUAUUGUUGCCGUCCUUACCAGUAGCGUCUGGGCCCUUCCCGCUGCGUCACCCGUUCGAGGUCAGAAUGUGAACUGCUUUCCUUUCGGGAGUGCCUCAUUCAAUGGCUCGCUCCAAGCACCCAACGUGACCAGGAAGGAGUGGUGGUGCCCUCAAUCCAUGACCUAUGGUUUCCUCGGCUUCUCCUAUCCCAUGGAAGGGGAGUGCUACGACGACAGCUUUGACCGCAUCAACGCCGACUUGCAGCGCCAGAAACGUGAUUUUGGAGCAAGUUUGAUCAGGGUUUACCUGCCAUAUUGCUACACCACGUACAUUUGGGAGAAUUUGAUCAAAGCAGCUGUCGCCAAUGACAUGGGAGUUGUUGCCCAAGUCGCCUGGCCACUGAACGGCGAUCCCCUUGAAUACUGGCAAAAGAUUGCCAGCUCCAUUAUCGAGAUCCUUUCAAACAGCACCUACAAGGACAUCGCGCCUUACGUGUUUCACAGCAUUGAAUUCGGUACCGAACCGAUCGGCGAUCAGGACGACGGCGACAAUUUCAUCAAUGACCUCAUUGACUUCAAGGCGACAGUGAAACCCUAUGGCAUUCCAGUCGGCAUCAGCGAAGACUGGGACCGUCCUGGCAUCUUGUGUAGCAACUACACAGCAGGCAAAGCACCGGGUCUCGGUCCUGUUGGGAAGCAGAUUCUUCCGCAGAGCGACUUUGUCCAUGCUCAUAUCAUGCCGUACUACCACGGAUACAAUAUCUCUGGAUCCUGGGACUAUAUCAGUGACCAGGUACACUGGUACAAGAACUACACGCCUGUUCCUCUUGUCAUCUCCGAGACACAAUGGGCAUGGGAGCUCAACGUUCUACACCAGGGCAGCAAAGACAUUGGUGCUCCGCAGUACACGACGUUCUGGAAGACGUACGACGCCAACUGCCAGUUCUUUAAGAAGAACAACGUAGGCUGGUUCUUGCACGCGUGGAAGUGGGAGGGGACCUUCAAUAUGGUUACCCCGAACAAUUCGUAUGCGAUCCCGAAUUGGAGACCGCAGACGUGUUAG